UGAACCUCUCUACACCUGACAUUCAUAAUCUGGGGGUAUCCGACAUAUGAGGAAUGGCUUGAGAGCAUUUGAUAAAGGGGGAGAGGGAAAGACAAGAGGAAAGAAAGAAAACAUGAAAGAUGCCAAUGGUUUGAUUACCGGGUUUAAAAACCCGCCCCCCAUUCUAAAACUGCCGUCAUGCCGUCUCAGGGGCAGCGGCGGGAUGCGCAUGCCUCUUGGGCAUGGGCAGAUUGAGCUUUGGCUUCGCGACCUUGCCCCAUAUCCCCCACAGCUUGCUGUAGGCGAGGUACGAGGCGGCCUGCUUGUUCCUGGCCGACAGCUGCAGCAGGCGGGCGGCAUUGUCCUUGUCCUUGACGAGGGCGAGGUCAUCGCCGACCAGCGUGCCGUCGCGCGCCAGCUCGCGCUCGAGGUCCUUGAAGUCGGCCAGGUGCUCGGCGCCGGGGAUGACGUUGAACUGCUUCCACAGCACGCCCUCUUCCGCGAAGGCGGCGUUCUGGUCGCACUCGACGCAGCGCACCUGGCUGCGGUCGACGCGCAGGUCCGGCACCACGUCGGGGAACUGGUCCAUCACCUCCUUGAUCGUUGGCGGGAGCUUGGUCGAUGUCGUCGCGUGCCAGCAGCUGUUGUAUUCGACAUCGUGCUGCUGGUGGUGGUGUUGUUUAACUUGUUUUUGGAUCUGCUGUUUCUUCUUUCCGCCCAUGAUCCUUUGUCUUGUGCCAGGCAAGUGAAAGUAAAAAGACACGCAAAUAAGGUGAUAGGUAAAGAAAGGAGCGUUGAUCAGCCUGAUAUAAUUAACUUGGGGACCCACGGUUCCACAGGACCCGGCCACUUCACUUUAUAUACGUGGCCCCCAAGUAGCCGGGGAAGCGGGUGGGUGUGUUGGCCGGCGGCCGUGUUUUGGCCGCCUCGGCCGGUGGUUUGCCCACAGAUUAUUAUGAAACACGGCGGCGUUGCAGCUGGAAUUGCUGAAAUCUCACCGCAACUGGCUGCUUGUUGUGGCCGUGGAAGCUCGGGUUAUCAGAACAGGCCGGCAGGGCAGAAUAGGGGCCAAAUGAUCUACCAGAAGCCCCCACGGCUCUGCGAAGAGUCCCCCAUACCUGUCGUCCAAUGUGUUUGACAACAGGCCAUGGUCUGCACUCUGUAGCCAAGUACCUUACGUAUGACAACAUGAUGGUCUACCAAGGUGGCCUGGAUUCUUGGUUAGGGCAACAUUGCAAGCUCUUAUGAGGUUUUCGAAUUUGCAUUGUGUCGAUAAAAGGCAUUGUCAAAACUUCACAGGUCUUCUUAUUAUAGGGGAAAUAGUUGCUUUUAUUAUCUCCAAGCCAUUAACUUGUGCAAUUUGGC